AUGGUCGCCAGGCUGGGUCACCUCGGUGCCCUCAAGGAUUUUAUAUCUUUCCUUGCCACGGUCAGUGGUGACAUCUCACACAUUACCGCUCCGCCUUUCAUCCUAGCACCAUCUUCUCUCACAGAGUUUCCUGCAUACUGGGCAGAACGACCGACAUUAUUCACCGCCCCCGCCCAUGAAGCUUUGGCAGAGAGACGCAUGCUCUUGGUCUUGAAACUGUACCUCGCUUCCCUCCAAAGGCAGUACUAUGUCGGCCGCACCGUCAAGGAAGGACUAAAGAAGCCUCUCAACCCCUUUCUUGGCGAGCUGUUCUUUUGCGAAUUCAGCGACCAUGAUUUGACCCAAGAGAAAGCCUCGCCAUCGACAGUCAGAGUUAUCAGCGAACAGGUAUCCCAUCAUCCACCCACGACAGCCGCCUAUAUUUCAGCCGAUGACCACGGCGUCCACGCCGAAGCGUAUUCAACCCAGCACACCACGCUAUCUGGCACUUCAGUCAUGAUUCGUCAAUCUGGUCACGCUCUCUUUAAGGUUGACAAGUAUAACGAGACUUAUCUUCUACCCUUGCCUGACGUCUGUGCUCGAAGCGUGCUCACUGGCGUUCCCUGGCCAGAACUCAACGACACCUAUCGCAUCAUCAGUUCCAGUGGGUACACGGCCGAGAUGCGGUUCGUGGGAAAGAAGAUGUGGGGUGGGCAGCGCAACUGUUUCGAAGCUUCCAUAUACCGGACUGUUGACUCUCAGAAGAAACCCAUCUUCACCGUAUCGGGCAGCUGGAGUUCCAAAUUCUCGAUUUAUAACUCGGAAGGAAAGGAGAUCGACGUCUUUGACCUUGCAGACCCGCAAAAUCAGCCUGCCCCCAUGGUAAUGAAGCCGCUGGAGGAGCAGUCACCUUGGGAAUCGAGACGCGCAUGGGGUCCAACUUUUGAAGCCAUUAGACGGACGGACCAUCAUGCUGUCGUGACGGAGAAGUCGAAGCUGGAGAAUGCCCAACGCCACCUGAGGAAGCUCGAGCAGAAACAGGGCAAGAGAUGGGAGACCAUGUUUUUCAACCGUUGUGAUGGUGCAUCUGAUGAGGAUGACGUGGUGGAAGACCUCUUCAAUCAACUCGACGAUGUCGAGGCGGAUCGUUUGCGAGGAACAAACGGCUGUUGGAGAUUUGACAAGGAGAAGGAGCAGAGGUGGCGCCAGGGACAGGGUAGUUGGAGACCAGAGACGCCGUUUGGUUGA